AUGCCAGAAGAUAAGGAGCAAAUUAGGAAACGAGCUAGUUACAAGGGACAAAUAACAGCUUUUUCAAAUUAUUUAAAUUCACUGAAGGUAUCUUCAUUGGCUGCUACUGAGGUAAAUGAGUUGCAAUUACGUAUUAGUAGGAUUGAGUCAAUGUAUGAACGAUAUGAUGAGGUACAAUUAUCCAUCGAGUGUAAUACUGAUAAUAUAGACGCCCAGAUAUCAGAACGAACUGAUUUUGAAUCCCUGUAUUUUAAAUCGCUUUCUCUUGCAAAAAGGAUCUUAGCAGAUUGCAUUAAGUCAGAUGACGUAAGCAGUGACGGUGGCUCUCAUUCCGGCAAUCAUAAAUUUGUUAAACUGCCCACUAUUCAACUACCUAAAUUUAAUGGUUCUUAUGAUAAUUGGUUAGAGUUUCAUGACACGUUCAUGAGCCUCAUACAUUCAAAUGACGAGAUAGAUGACAUAAAUAAGUUUCACUAUCUGAGAGCGUCGUUGGAAGGGCCCGCUGCUGUGGUAAUACAGUCAAUCGAAUUCUCGGCAGCUAAUUACACCGUCGCAUGGACUAUAUUAUGUGAUAGAUAUGAUAAUAAAAGACUACUAAUUCAAAAUCACGUGACAGCCUUAUUUAAUAUAGCACCAAUUAAUAAAGAAUUGUCUGUCAACUUAAAACGUCUUAUUGACCAAAUAAAUAAAAAUUUACGUGCACUAGAAUCUCUCGGUGAGCCAACUAAACAAUGGGACACACUUCUCAUUCAUAUUAUUACUCAAAAAUUAGAUGCUAAGACAUAUCGUGAAUGGGAAGAGUCUAAAGGUCGUUUGGAGAAAGAUACACCUAUUACGUUCGAUAUAUUUUUGAUGUUUUUAAAAAAUCGAGCCGAUUUAAUCGAAACACUAGAAAUGUCUAAUUCUGGUGCUACUAACCGUUUAAAUUCUUCUAUAAAAUAUGCUCCAAAAGUUAAGGCAAUGGUUUCAGUGCGGGAUACCGGUAAUAAAAACGGUUCGGCCUUUUCCGCCAAACUGUGUCCUAAAUGUAAGGGUGACCAUAAGUUAAGCAGUUGUCCUCAGUUUCUUGGAUUAAGUAACGAUGUGCGUCUACAGUUACUGCCAGAGUAUAAAGUAUGUUUCAAUUGUCUUAAUUCAGGGCAUUAUGCAAAUCACUGCAAAAAGCCAGGAUGCAAAAUAUGCCACCGAAAGCAUAACACUCUCGUGCACGUCGCAGAUUACCAGUCAAAACCAAUUACAGAUAUUAAUACAUCUAACACGAGUAGUGGUAAUAAUAAGCCCGUUAUGCAAGGUCAUUUCGAACAAACAAACAGUUCGACCGGCUCACAGUUGUCAUCCAAUUCUAACGCACAUCUGUCAUUAUCCGCAAAGGUAGGCACUGCAUCGUGUAGUGAACAAGGCGACGUAUUGUUAUCGACGGCAUUAAUUAAAGUUAUAGGUAAGAAUGGUUGUCCAUAUAUUGCUCGUGCUAUUCUUGAUAGUGGCAGUAACGCUUGUUUAAUAACUGAAGAGUUAUAUCAAAGGCUAGGUUUGCCCGCUCAAAAUGUAAAUCAGUCGGUAGUCGGUAUUAAUAAUGCUUCGGCACACAUCAAGAAGAUUUGUAAGGUAUCGAUAAAAUCAUUGAAUGAUAACUUCUCUAGUAAUCUUCAUUGUUUUGUCCUACCAUCAAUAACCCAAAAUGUACCUACUAGAUAUGUUAAUUUGUCAAACUUAAAAAUUCCAUCUAAUAUUUCUCUGGCAGAUCCUAAUUUUCACUCACCUGCUCCCGUUGACAUGCUUAUAGGUGCUGAUGUCUUUUGGGACUUAAUAGGAACGCAGAGAUUAAAAUUAGGGGACGGUCAGCCGAUUCUUUGUGAAACUAGCUUAGGAUGGUUAGUAUCAGGUCCGAUAGAUUAUAGAUAUGUAAAGAAAGGGGUUAACUUUAUUAAAUGUAAUUUUACAAGAAUAUUUCAAGAUGAGGCUAGUAAUGAUUUAGAUGAAGAUAUACAAAAACAAUUAGUACGCUUCUGGCACCUCGAAGAGGUAAGCCCUGCGUCUCUUUAUUCAAACGAAGAAAAAUUAUGCGAAGAACACUUUUUAAAAAAACACCACGCGACUGGCAAAUGGUCGAUUUUGCGUGAGGAUACCCUUAAAACAUAA